AUGCAGCUCUCUAAACUUCUUGCAGCAGGCCUGGUCACCCUGGCAGCAGCCCACCCAGGCCCUCACCACCAGCCCAGCAAGCGCGAAUUGACCAGACGCCACGAGCUCUCCUCUCGCUGUGCCUCCAACGUCGCUUCAUUCAACUCCAGGCGAGUCAAGCGCAACAUCGCCAAGCGCUUCCCCGGCUCAGCAAACACCACAUACCAAAUCCAAGCCGAGGCCCCAUACUACGAAACCAUACAAAAUGACACCUGCGUGCUCACGCCCGAGGUCACAGAGGGGCCCUACAUCUGGCCCCAAUCCCAGACUCUCCGUCAAGACAUGACGGAAGACCAACCCGGAAUUCCACUGUGGCUGGACGUCGGCGUGUUGGACAUGGAGACCUGCGAGCCUCUCGAGGGCGUGCUCGUUGAUUUCUGGCACUGCAAUGCCACAGGCUCGUACUCUUCGUUCACGGGGUUGUCGCCUAACACUCCCUUUGCCGAACUGCUGGAGGAUCUCAAUGUCACCAUGUCCGGUGAUCUGGACUUGCAUACUGAUGACACCACCUGGCUUCGUGGAAUGUGGCCAACUGACAAGAACGGCAUGAUGGAGAUGAAGACUAUCUUCCCAGGCUUCUAUGUCGAGCGUGCCAUCCAUAUUCAUGUCCAGGUGCACACUGACUGGACCGUCCGUGGUAAUGGCACUAUGGCCUAUGGCGAUACUGUUAGCACUGGUCAGAUCUACUUCGAUGAGCCUCUGUCUCAGAAGAUCAUGGCGCAGGAACCUUAUGUUUCUCACACCCAGAUCAACCGCACUACCAAUGCUGUGGAUAGUGUGUUUGAGGGCGAUACCGACAACGGAUACAACCCCGUUGUCUCUGUCAUUCCGGUCGAUGGCAACGAUGUCACCAAGGGUAUGAUCGGAUAUAUUACAAUUGGUGUUGAUAAGACCAAGGUGGAGUAA